AGAUCAGCAGAAAAUGGUGAUAAAGUAGCAAUGUUUAAUAUAGCCAUAUGUUAUAAAAAUGGAGAAGGAACAGAAAAAAAUUUAGAAAAAGCCUUUUAUUGGUAUCAAAAAGCAGCAGAAAAUGGUAAUGAAGUAGCAAUGUUAUGUUUAGCCAAUAGUUAUUAUGACGGAGAAGGAACAGAAAAGAAUUUAGAAAAAGCCUUUCAUUGGUAUCAAAAAGCAGCAGAAAAAGAUAAUAUUAAAGCAAUGUUUAAUUUUGCCACAUGUUAUAAAAAUGGAGAAGGAACAGCAAAGAAUUUAGAAAAAGUCUUUCAUUGGUAUCAAAAAGCAGCAGAAAAUGGUUACAAUAAUGCAAUGUUCAAUUUAGCCAUAUGCUAUAAAAAUGGAGAAGGAACAGAAAAGAAUUUAGAAAAAACCUUUCAUUGGUAUCAAAAAGCAGCAGAAAAUGGUUACAAUAAUGCAAUGAAUAGUUUAGCUAUAUGCUAUAAAAAUGGAGAAGGAACAGAAAAGAAUUUAGAAAAAGCCUUUCAUUGGUAUCAAAAAGCAGCAGAAAAUGAAAAUGGUGAUGAAGUAGCAAUGUUUAGUUUAGCCAAUAGAUAUUAUAAUGGAAAAGGAACAGAAAAGAAUUUAGAAAAAGCUUUUUAUUGGCAUCAAAAAGCAGCAGAAAAUGGUGAUGAAGAAGCAAUGUUUAAUUUAGCCAAUAGAUAUUAUAAUGGAGAAGGAACAGAACAGAAUUUAGAAAAAGCCUUUUAUUGGUAUCAAAAAGCAGCAGAAAAUGAUAAAGUAAAUCCUAAAAAUGAAGUUAAUUCAUGUAAUGAAUGCAAGCAACCAUAUAAUGAUUAUCAGUGGUGCCAACAAUGUAAUACUAGACGAUUUCAACAAGAUUUUUCAAAGUGGACUAGUAAAAAUGAACUUAUUGAUAAAUUUAUUCAAGAAGCACAACUAAAUGCUAAAAAUAGUUAUGAAAUUUUAGAAUGGAUACCUUAUAAUAAAUUGUCAAGUAUUGAUUAUUAUGAUAAAGGAGGAUUUGGUGAAAUCCAUAAAGCUAUCUGGUUAGAUGGACCUAUUUAUAGUUGGAAUUUUAAAAAACAACAAUGGGAUAGACAAAUAAAUUAUGAGGUUAUUCUUAAAAUACUUAAUAAUUCAUCAUGUUUAGAUAGUAAAUUUCUGGAUGAGGUAUAG